AUGACACUAGACGAUUCCAAGAUUAUUGCUACACCUGUUGCUCAGAAGCGUCGUAAUGAAACCGGUUCUGGUGAUAAUGGUGAUGACAACAGUGUUUGUCAACAACUCCCAACUCAUGAAAAUGAGGAUGAACAAGAACAAGAACAAGAACAAGAGCAAGACGAUUCGCAUAAUUUUGUGACGCCCAGUCCAAGACCAAGGGUUCCUGGGUUCGCUUACUCUCGAGUCUGGUUGGACAAGCAUCCACAUCGCGAUGAGAUCGAAAGUCUCUUGGAGCUUUCCAGCACUAGCAAGAAGAACGGCGAUAAUAACACUUCCACUCCAAAAGCUAUUUUCGAACAAUCGCCCAAAAAGCCGCCAGGAGGGGGAUCUAAGAAUAUUACGAGUAGUAGCAGUGGUGGUAGUGGCAGUAGUAGUAGUAUGGGAAGAACAAGAACUGGAGUAUCAUCACAGCUACAAGCUACCAUGCAGGAACAAGAAUCAUCAUUGAUCAAUUAUUCUACACCCCUUUCCAAAGCCAAACUUCCAUUUGCUCGUUCUGCUGCUUCUUCAAGCAGUUCUACUACUACUGCUGCUGCUGCUUCUCCAACAGCCGUUGAAACCACUGAUUAUGCCUCGGAACAAAGCCAGAAUGAAAUGAUGAUGCAAGACGUCAUGGAUGACGGCGCAUCCACCAAGACGACCAACAAUGAGGAUGGCACGCCCAAUUCUCACUCGCACCGUACCACGACCAUCAUUCACCGCACCGACAACUCCAAUAGCAACAACCCCAAACAACAUUACUUGCAAACCAUUGCCACCUUGCAACAAAUUCGCGACCAGCUUCAGCAAGAAACAGCCAAGGCAAAAUUGGAAUUGGCAUGCGCCAAACAACAGUUGCAACAUGCGCCAAUGAAUCUUUCUUCUUCUUCUUCUCCUCCUGGUGAGCAGCAGGAAAAGCAGCCAACUUUUGAUUCACCAAACGACUUGGAAGAAGUAGAUCGUGACGGUAGGGAACAUCAGAUGAAAGAGUAG